AAUACGCAAAAACAACAAGAAAAAGUAGCAAAGAAGUGAAUAUCAUGUGUCCCAAUGUAGGAAAUGAAUCCAGAGCAUUACAAAGUGAUGUUGCUGACUUUCCGAGAUGUUUGUGACCCAAUAUUACCACUAACGUAGUGGAAACAUGUAUUUUCCGAUCCGUUGGCCCAAGUUCCUCAAUAUCAGCAAGGAGGAGAGAGCCACGUUAGUAUGUGUCAAUUCGGAUUACAACAGGAUCUUGUUCGCAGUGCUGACAGAAGACAGCAUAGGGAUAUGGCUAGAAAAACUAUGUAUCCAAAUCGUCUGCCAUCACAGAGACCAAGAAUCUAUCGCAAAACACGGAAAAAAUUGGAAACUUGUAUGGAAAAGGGAUUCGACUAUGGUAGCAGUUUUGACGUCAAAAAGUCACUUAUUACUAUAUCACCUCGAGACCGAGGAGUCUGGUUCUCCGCUGUUUGAACAAGUUGACAGUAGUGUGUCAACGUUGAAACGAGAAAGUUCGGAACUUUUCGUUCGGGACGCGGUGUUGCCCCUGCACAUGAAGUUUGCGUCUCACAUCUGCGUUUCUGGAGAAGUGGCAAAUGUGUUAAGUCUGGGUGAUGAACUCUUGGUUGCUUGCACCAGUGGACAUAUUCUUCGCAUUGGAUGGGACGCCUCGGUGCACCAAGAUUUCGCGCUGGACCUGCGGGACGUUCCGUUCACAUGUGGCGGGUCUUGCAGACAAAGUUGUCACGGGGACGCCUUCGAGAUCCGCGACAUCCAGUACCUUCCGCUGCUCGGCGGACUCUCCGUGGUCUUCACCUGCGGCAGGGCCGCAGUUCUUAUGACGUCCAGUCAGGGCUUUGAACCGAAGGACGUGAAUGGCAUCUGGAUACCAGACGUGACUGACGCCACGGUAACGGCCGUCAAUCACCGAUAUCGUCUCGUCGCCUAUGGCCUCAGGAGUGGUGAAGGUGUGGUGUUCUACUUGGACGACGCCAGCGGCCAGUUCAUAACGUCCCACCGUCUUGCGCUGUCCGCGAAGGAUUUUCCCGACGCCGGCAGCGUAGGUGGCGCCGUCGCUCUGAUGCAGUGGACCCCGGAUAGCACAGCCGUAGCCGUAUCCUGGGAAAAGGGAGGCUUCGCGCUGUGGAGCGUCUUUGGCUCUCUGCUUGUGUGCUCGCUCAACUGGAACGCGUCCGUGUCCUGCAAAAACCUCUUUGCUGUCCAUUCAAUGGAAUGGGGUGCCGAAGGUUAUCACUUGUGGAUGGUAACCUCACCGAGCAGUAAACCGGAGGAGCGUGAUAUUAUUUUGAUGAAUUUCGUGAAGAGUGCAUCGACGGUGAAUCCUGGACCUCAAUCAGGCAGGCAGCACGUCCUUCUGCAAGGAUCCGACUGCGUGCUCAUCAGUUCCGAGUCGGACCUCGCGGACUCUGGUCCGGGGCUUUCGUGGUCUCAGGACAGGGCGGGAUCUCGUGGCAACAAACACUGGACCGUUGAAAGGGUGCCCCACACAUACCUCAGUAUCAACUGGCCGAUUCGGUAUUCUGCAAUUGACGCCGGCUGCAACCACAUAGCCGUCGCGGGUCGGGGUGGCCUUGCCCAUUUCUCUUUGGCACACAACAAGUGGAAAGUGUUUGGCAACGAGACGCAGGAGCAAGACUUUGUUGUGACCGGCGGCCUGCUCUGGUGGGACAGCUUCAUCGUGCUCGGAUGCGUGAACGUAAAAGAUGGCAGGGACGAGAUUCGGGUUUAUCCACGGAACACCAAGCUGGACAACUCAUUCUCGAGAAUUUGUAAGGUUAAUGACCAAGUGCUGCAGAUGUCCCUUUCCGAAGACAGGCUGUUGGUGUUCCUGGCGGAUUAUCAUCUUGUGCUUUAUCAGCUUCAUCUUGGAGGACUCGAUCGUCUGCAAGACAUGGACCUGACGAACAUCGUCCCGCAUCCCCUGUGUGUCGUGUCGGCAACCCUGGCCCACGUUGGAGGAGCCAAGCACGGCAUUCUGCUGAACGUGUGCGGGCGGCUGGUGUUGCUGCAACAGGACCAGGCGCCCGUCGUGGGAGGUGCCCCGGCCGGUUCGGGGGCGCCCCCUCCUCCUCCUCCCCCUCCCCCGAGAGUGGGGCCCAGGUGGAGCACCCCCACAGUGCUGGCAUCGUGCGUGGAAAAGGUCUGGGUGGCGGGAAGAAGUCCGGAUCCGAGGAUGCCUCAUUUGACGCAAGCCUUGUGGAUCGCGUGCGGCGUCAAUGGCAUGCAGGUAUGGCUGCCACUGUUCCCACCUCCGAGUGGUGCCAACGGCGCUCCGACAGCAGGAAGUAACGUCCCGGGGGCGACGGGGUUCCUCCCUCGGCACAACUUCAUGGCAAAGAGGAUCAUGCUUCCGAUCACGGUUCACAUUUACCCGUUAGCUGUGCUAUUUGAGGAAGCCGUGGUAUUGGGGGCGGAAAGCGACACUGCUCUGUGUGGCAGCAACGACCUGUUUCCCUUAUGCGUCGUUUCAAAAUCGAGCCAGGUGUACCUGCACCCGAUACUCCGUCAGCUGCUGUGCCGAAACUUGGGCUACCACGCCUGGGAGAUCGCCCGCAGCUGUUCCGCUCUUCCGUACUUCCAUCAUUCCUUGGAACUCCUCCUUCACGAAGUGCUAGAAGAGGAAGCCAUGUCGUCCGAACCCAUUCCAGAUGCCCUGUUGCCACGGGUCAUCGACUUCAUCCGGGAGUUCCCGGUCUUCCUCCAGACCGUGGUCCAGUGUGCUCGGAAGACGGAGCUGGCGCUCUGGCCUCACCUCUUUGCGGCCGUGGGAAAUCCCAAGGACUUGUUCCAGGAGUGUCUGCUUCAAGGACAGCUCGAUACGGCGGCUUCCUACCUUCUGGUUCUUCAAAAUCUCGAGGUGGCGCUAGUGAGCAGACAGCAUGCGACGUUGCUUCUCGGUGCUGCGCUCGAUGCGGGUUGCUGGGCCCUGGCCAAGGACCUGGUGCGGUUUUUGAGGGCCAUCGACCCCGCGGACGCUGAGUCGCCACCCCGUGCUGCCCUGGGGCCGCCACCUCCACCUCUUCCACACACUGACGACGAAACGAUCAACCAAGUUUUCAUCGACGUCAUCCUGUCGAGGCACGCAAGGAAACUCUUGGCAGCCGGUCACCUGCGCAAGCUCGGUUCUUUCGCUGCUCACUUGGACUUCCCGCUCGAUGAAUUUCUUCAGAAAGAGAGGACGCGAGCUGGCCGUGUGGACGACUAUGUCGUGGCCUUGAAGGCUGUUCAUCAGGACUUUGAGUGGCCGCUUCCCGUCAGUAUGCCAAACGUGAAUGGAGAAAACCACACAACAGCGCCGACACCACCCGAAGAACACGUUCCGCCACAGCAUCGGAACGGCGGCGGAGCAGACCAGUCGCCGGAGAGAGGGAACAACUCGGCGGGACGCGGGUUCCCUCGGGAAUCUCCCGCGGAGUCCGAGAGUGCCUCCGAAGACAGCUGGUGGCCAGAAGAAGAAGAGGCGCCCGCAACUCCGAUACCGGACUGGCGAGGCUCGCCGCAGGCGGAGGCGCAGGCGAGGCACAUGCUGCAGGUGCUGGGACAGGCUCGCUGCUGCGAUUGGGCGCUCGUGCUAGCGGUGAUGCUGCGGGAUUCGCUCGUGGCGCCACUCGUGGCACCGGACGGAACACUGGCCGCACUCGAGGAGUGGGCACUCAAGGAAUGCCCAGGAUACGUGGGCUUCCUGCAGAUGGUUCUCGGACACACCCCGGAAGAGCCGUCGUUGCCAACAUCAGGGGAGCUCGUUCCGGCUCCCCGGCUCCCACGCACUGCCCCUCCGCAAGAAGGAACCGCGGAAGAAGGCUGCCGCGUGGCGUAGGCGAAACCGUCCCCAAUUGUGCCGUCCGUCGCCGCUUAGCGGAGAAACAGAAACAGACUGCAGCCAGUACCAGUACUAACCGUCCCCAUUGUACAUUGUCCACAAGCCGAAGGCAAGGCAGCUAGGUGCGAUCGAUUUUACGUUUCUUCCACGACGUUGAAGAUGUUUCUCCGUGAACUGUACAGAUGUCUCUCGUCCCGUCCCGUUACGUUACGUUACGUUACGUUACGCUAGUUAAACUUCAUGUUGAAGCAAGUUGACUGGAGCCUGUUGUACAAACACACAUGUUGCGAUAGAUCUUAUUUUGUGAAACAAACAAGUGCACGAUGACAAAGAUAAAGUUUUAAAAAUUUUUUAUUUAUAAUCCCUGGCCUGGACGGUGGGGCAGUGUACAAGUUGCUAAAACGACCCGUUGUAUAUAAGAAAAUAAUUUUACCGUAACUGCAUUUAACUCGGGGGAAAUAAAACGACAUCAAGAGCGUCGCAUA